GCAAAACAUUCGUGUUAAUAGCAUUCCGGCUCCAAAAUGAGCGCUCGAAAUUCGUGGUUCUUAAACAGUGCAAUAUUAUUGUUGUACUAUACAUGCGGUGGCAUUGAAUACAUAUCAGCGCUACCCACGGGUGUGCGUAUAUUACACACUCUAACACAUGGUUUCAACAUCCCACCGUUUCGGCCACCGCCAUAUAGCAUUAGAUUUGACGGCGUGAAUGGAGGUUACAUGGCAGGGCAAGUGGAACGACAUCCAUGGGAAAGACAUCAGUUCCGACACCGCAACGAAUAUGGUCCCCAUAAAGAUUUUGUAAUAGCACAGCCAAAGUUUCACAGUUCUGAAGAAUUCAAUAUUAAUAGCGUGGGCAAUACACCACCAUUCAUAUUGAACCCUGCAGCCGGACCUUUUGAAGGGCAUAGAGUAAAUGUGGCGUUAACUCAGGAUUCAAUAAUCGUAAACCAUCCUUGGCAUAAUCCACAAAAUCAGCAUGACAGAAGACAUCACCAUAGAUGGCAUGAUUGCCAAAGACCAAUAGGUUCGGAUCCCGACUUAAACGGAGAAAAUGUACAAGGUACAGGCUAUGAAGCUGCCAGUUUCGGACAGAAUGCAAUCUUUGAGAAUACUAAUAACGGCAUACGUGAGUGGGAUAAUAAUGGGCCACCACGAAGAGUGGGAGGUGAACCAAAAGAAGAUACCGUUAUAGAUAUUACGCCAACGACGCCUACAACAACGCGCGCUGCCCCACCAACUACAACCGAGUCCGCUGAGAGAACUGUAGAAAUUACAGAACCAAUGACAAGAACAUAUGAAACAACAACAGCCAACAACUCAGGCGCAAUUUCAACAACAACAACUAUAGAAAUUACGGAACCAACAACAAAAAAAUAUGAAACAACAACAGUCAAUAACUCAGGCGCAAUUUCAACAACCGGUGCCACUGUAACUGCAGCGCCAACCGAGAGCACGUUUGCAAUUGAUAUAAGAAGUGGAUUUGCUUAAAGCGCAAAUAGCAAAGGAAAUACGAUAAGGAUUAUAUAGAAACUGUGGAAGUGUUGUAUAAAUACAAUAACGUUGUAGUUGUUUUACUUAUUACUCUGAGUGAUUGUUAAUCGUAAUGCCUUUACAUGCCUGGACUGAUAUCAUUUGCUAUGAUUUUAAUGCCACUCAUAAAAUUUUUAUUCAAUUGUUUUAGCAAAAUUUAAACAAAGUGAUCAAUUUAAUUUUACAAGUGAAAAUAAUAAAAAUCUUUAGAGAAAUAA